AUGCCGAGUGAGCUGCUCCCGCUGAACGUGUACUACAACACGUCCACGCACUUCCUCUGGAUUGGAGACAGAACAAGACAGCUGAAUGGCGUGCAUGAACCAAUCUGGAUUAAGGUGGGGCCUAGCAUGGCUGCAGAUGAGCUCGUCCGGCUACUCGACACGGGCAAGGUUAUGCUGAUCACUUGCUAUGGUGCGGCGAAGAUCGAGAGUCACUUAGCCGGCCACAUCAAUAGUGUGCAGCUAUGCGGACAUCCCGUUGCUUGGAUCUGUGAUCCCAUGCUCGGCAACACACUGACUUCCUCGAGCGGGCUCAAGACGUGCAAUUUCGGCACGAUCAACAGCGAGCUGACCACAUGUAUGCGAAUCCACGCUGAGUGCAACUCGCACAUGAACGGCGUGAGCUUCGAGUUCACCGGAGAGCUGAGCGAGGAUGGGUUCAGUGUCACUGAGUGCCUGGGGGGUAGCAUGGAGCUCACCAGGUGCAUUGUGUCGUUCUGCGAUUCUCGCCUGAACUUUGAGCAAUCAUUGGAUGUCGCAUUCCUCAUCUCAAAUCACUACAACAGGAGGCGGGUCAGACGCAAGCGUGCGGACAGCGACGUGCUCUAUGCUGAGCUCAGUGGUCGCAAGUUCUCAUGA